AUGGAAGGGAAAAGUUCCCCACUGCCUUGGAAACCAUUGACUGGUCAACAAGUCAGCUUUCUUUGGUGUAUGAGCGUGCCACUACUAGCAACAAAGAUUCUAGCAGACUUCUUUAAAACCGAUAACUUGCGCCCCGAGUUAUUGAUUUCCAAACAAGCGAUUAUGAAUUUGGGUGAGGAAUAUCUCCCAAUCCCCUUCUAUUAA